CUUUCUAUCGUUCUCCUCUCCUGUCAGAAGAUCACCCCAUCGCAUUUUGACAGCUUUGAAGUGGGGAGAUGCAAAAAAUAGGCUAUGGGGGGCAGAAGAUCAUGGCUGGUCCAGCUGUAUCUUAGCAGCAACAUUUGGUGCAUUUUUGUCCCUCCAGCAAAGAAGGAAACGCUCUGAGUUUGUCCCCGAAGGAUGCUGGAGGAUGUUGGAGAUGCUUGGAACUACCUCCCUGAGGAAAUUCUCUCGCACAUCUUUUACUACUUGUCUCUGCGAGACAGACACGUGGUUUUCAGGGUCUGCAAGAAGUGGGCUGCGGCGGUGUCUGCCAGCUCUGUCUGGAGCUUCACGGAAGUCAGGUGUGUUGCAGAGGACGAGGAAGCCACACUGCAGAGUUUGCACCAGUUCCUGCACCACAUUAAACACCUCAAGGUGGUGUUUGAUCAGUCCGAGGAGGUGAUCCGGAAGAACGUCUCCCAGAUCCUGGACCUACUGGCCAAACAGAAUCACAAGCUGCAGGCCCUGUGCAUUGAAUGCAAGGGGGAAAACCCCUAUUUCUAUUCUGGCCAGGACAUCCUGCAGAGCAUCCAGGGCAUCUGCCGGAGCGAGAAUAAAAUCAACCUUCAGCACAUAGAUUUCCGGAAAAUGCCUUUCACCCUGGACGAUAGGAUCGUUCAGCUUGUGGCCUCCAGCAGUCCGAAUCUGCACACCUUGUUCCUUAACAACCGCACCUUAGUGUGCAAUGUCACCCCUGAGACCAUCACUGAGCUUCUGAAGGCUUGCCCCAAAUUGUCUACUCUGGGGGUCUAUUAUGCCAGCCUCUCAGAGGAUGUGUUUAAGGAGCUGGUGAAGCUCAAGGGGAGAACUUUCAAGUGCCUGGAUAUUUUCUGUGAGCGUCUGGACAAGUACAUCCCUGUCAUCCCUGAAGAGCUUUGGGCUCUGGUGCGAGAGAAAUGUCCCCAGCUUCACGUGCAACUUGAAUUCGACCACACUGUCCCAGCAUGGAAGAUACCUCGCAUCUUGAAGCCAAACAUCCCGGUGACAGAGCUGCAGCUUAAUACUUACACAUACAUUGUGAAUCAAAUCCGUUUUGUCACCAGCAACUACGGCAGCACUUUGGAGAGGCUGGUCCUUCGCACCACCCCAUCUGAUGAACUCAACGACUCACUCAUUGAGUUGGCCCAAAAAUGUGCGCUCCUGAAAGAGGUCCACUGUUUCUGUGUGGUUAGCCAGGCGGUGGUAGAGGCUUUCCUUUCAAGGUGCACCAAUUUGAAAAGUUACACGCUAAAGAUCACCAAAGAGCCCAGCCCUUGGCGACCAACCACCAUCCUGUGAUUGCGCUCAAGGUCUUUACCUUCAUGUCACAAGAAGAUGGAAAUCAGUAACUCGGCUCGGCGGCUUCUUCUAGGUUCUUUCAUGGUUUGUUUAUCAUGUGGUCCAAGGUGUGAUCCCAACUUGUUUUUCCCUAGUGAAACCAGGGAUCAGAAGUCAAGAAUGGACUUGCUGUUCCUUGACAGCAAUAAGCCCUAAACCAUAGUCUACUGGACAUGACCAGAGUUUACAGGCUAUAAUGCCUAGGUGUGCACAAUUGACAAAACUAGGGAUUGGCAGACAUCACAAAACAUUGCCAAUAUGUGGAAUCUCCGGGCCUUGCAGAUUAAAUAUAUAUUUUGACAGCAAAAAUCUCUUCUCCCACAAGAUUUCAACAUUCCCACUUCAGGUUGCAUGAGGUCUUGAGACGGAGACAGCCAACGAUGCGGAAGGCUUUCAAAAUUAUUUUUCAAUGUCCACAUAAUGGUGAAGGUUGUCUGUGCCUUCACCCAAGAUAGUGAAAUGACAUGGAGUAUCUGAAAAGUCAACAUCUAAGAAAGCCAAAUAGACAUGAGUCCAUCUGGAGACCUUCUUCAUGCGAUACCCAGAGCCCAGCAUGGUUUGUAUAGUUUUGGCUUAGUAUGUUUUGCAAACCGUAUGGUGGCCUGUAAGCCAUGUUUUAUGGUGGUAUGCAGACCCAGCCCAUUUGGACUGGGAAACCUUGGCAAUACAAACCAUGGUUUACUGCCUUAUAUGAACUCAGACUUCUUGUCUUGUAUGAAUACAGUCAUGGGCGGAAGGCCAGUUCAGCUGAUGCAUGAACAUGAUGUCCUCAGGAUGGGUCAAGGGAGGGCAAGCAGUGCCAUGCAUAUGACGUCAUUGUGCAAAUGAUGUCAAUUAUGUAAUUUGCAUCAUUUGGGCAAUGAUGUCAUGGUUUCUGGACACCUAUAGCUCCUGUUCAUCUUUUCUGUCUAGCAGGAUGUGUGAUGCAGAACUGAGUGAAUUUCCGGACUCGGGCGCUAGCGUGCUCAGGUGUGCCAGAAUUCUCAGCCAAUCUGGAUUAUCCUCAUGUGCAAAUGCUCUCCUCCACAAGCAGGAGUGCACACUUUUGGUUGUGCAAACUGCUGAGUGCAUAUUUAAAAAUCUGGUGAACUUUCCUAACACCUAGGUAACUCCUAGUCAACUUAACUGCUGAUCCAGCUGUCAGCGUGGAUAGCACAGACAUACAGAGCUUUUCAGCUGAAUUCAUUUCUGGACUAAACAAACACCAGGGGAGAAAUAAAGUCCACAAAUGCAAUUCAAGCCAAAUUACCAUUCACCUCUUCUAAAGCAAAUACAUGAUGCCUCUCUCUUCCUUAGCACUAGUUAAUAAGAACAGUCUGAGUUGCUGAUUUGUAUAUUUUCCCCACUCUUGUUUAAUGAUGAUGCAAUGCAAAUUAUAUUUUAUUAUCCUAAUUAGCAAUAAAUAUUUGCAAACUAAA